AGCACAUGUAAUUCUACAAAAAACAGGAGAGCGCUAGCAAUGUAAAAAUGACGGAUCAAAUAAGGCGGUGCGAUGUGGCGCUAUGUAGCACUGCUCCUUCUCCUCACUCCUUCCCUCUACAAUGCAAAUAAGUUCUCUGAGAUUAGAGAGACUUGCCUGGCUUUGGAUGAUCUAGUCAGCUGGGCUAAAGCUCAUCACUAUCUGCUUAUCGUGGACUUCCUAUUCGGCAUUCGUGUCGCUCAAGGUGAGUUAGAGAUGUUGUGCCAGAAUCCACAGUCCUACACAUGGAGCCUGGAUAUCCUUACUCAAAUACAUCUACUGAAAAAUAAAGUGGACAGACUCGCUUCUCUCGCCUUCUACGAUAUGCAAAAUGAUACUGAUAACGACUACUUCAAGAAGUUCCAGCGCCUGGUUGAUACUAAGUACUACAUUUCCUCCCACUACUCGACGGAGCGGAGGUUUGGUUCCAUCCCCCGCUUUCCAGAUCCGAUAGAACAAGAUCCCACUUUCUCCGAGCAGCAGAGUGAUGGUUGUAUGAGAGAAAUACUCGGCACUGAAGAAACCCCCGCAUGCACGAUCAGUAGAAAGUGUUACAAACAGAUGACUAAUCGAGAAUCAGAGGACUAUCAACUAACUCAUCAGCUCUUGUACCUCAUUCUUGCUCAGGUGCGUGGUUGCAGCAAAGAACUAGCGAGAGUUACUUUGAUACAAGACACCUCGGUUAUUGAAUUGGAGACGACUUUCACAGCUAAAAUUUUCCAGAGACUUCCCUCAAUACUAGAUUCUGGAAGGUACGAUUUGUUCACGGAGAUGGUCAUGAUCGGGCAGAUGUUAAAUUACAGGGAGUUUUACAGAUCAAAGAUACUAGAACUUCUGAUGUUGUGGCAGGACUCUACUGGGUGUUACAAUGACGAUACACUCACUCCACCAGAUCUCAAGAACCAGACCAAUUAUAUUGGAAGAAAACUCUUUGCUGAUGAAAUAAUUGACGAUUCCUGCUCGGAGCACAUGACAGCACUGGCCCUGAUAGUGCUAACCCUAACCCUGCGGCACCAGCUACACUCCCUUCCUCAGGAACUAGUUACCUGGUCCUUUGCUAACCUCACUCUGAUUAGCUUGUGUGGUUUAGUGUUGGUGGGGCUUGUGGUUUGCUUCAAAAAGAGACGCUUCAGAAUUCUUAGACACUUUCUUGCAUGAAGAAGGCAAAUCAUUCAACGACUGUUUACUCUAGACUGCUAGAAGAUAUAACAUUUUGUGUAUCUAUUUCAACAUUAAAUAACUGAUUUUAUAUAAUAUAUUUUCAGUAUAAAUGUACUUUUGUUUUUAAGUUAAACAUAAAUGGACUUUGUAAUGUAAUUACGAAUUAAAGUUGAUUAUGUAACACUCCCUUUGAGACUCGGUUUUGUUGCUAAACUGAGUUAUACGAAACUUAAUUAAUAAGAAUUAUCCCCGGGUGUUUUCGUAGCGGGUAUGUCCGAUGUAUUUUGUACUAAUUUUCACACAUAACUAUUUGAAUCUUUCAUAAUUA